UCAGCAGUUCUUGCUUUAAAAGUUGUCUCUCUGAAUUUAUUUUACAACUUUUCCAUACUUUUUAGCAAUUUGCCUGCAAGGUAUUUGACUGAUUUUUAUGGUUUUUCAAUACGGCGGAUAAAAAAUUAACAUGAGUGCAGCAAGAAACUACGUGUACGCAGUAGACUAUAAAUUGGGAUACCUACGAAUAAGAUACCCAGUGCCCCGGCAAAUAAGUAUGAAGAGAAUUCAAGAUGAUCAUGUAAAACACGUGAGAGAAUUGAGAGAAGAACAUCGAAUCGCCUUAGCGAACAAGAAAAAGUCGAACAACUCUGAAUUGGAAAAUAAGCGGAACGAGUUACAAUUAGAGGAAGAACAGUUGAAGAGAUCCAUUCAAAAUAUGGAACAUGACAUGAGAAUGCAAGCAAAGGAGGAACAGCGAUCUGACAUUGAAAAACACGAAUUGACGAAAAGAGAAAUAAUUGAACAACACCAAGAAACUAUAUCAAAUUUGAAUCGAUCAAUGUCGGAAGCGGAAAAGAGCAUGCGAGAACAGAAAUUCAUACAUCAGACCAAAUGUGAAGAAAUCGACUUGAUGAUGAAACUGAAACAAGGAGAUCUGGCCAAAGCACUCAGAAAUGAUAUUCUUGAAGAAAAAUAUAAUAGUACAGUCCAGCACGUGAAGCAUAUCUGGACUCUGAUCUCAAAGGCGAUGACGGUAAUUCACAAAUCCCUGACAAACGAUGAUAAACAAACGAUAAGUACAAGGAAUCGCGAGAUUCUCGUGACUCUUGUGAAGAAUAAAAUGGAUAAUUUGGAGGAAGCAUCAGAAAAAGUGUUGAAUUUCAAAGGAUAUGAUGGUAUGAAAGGCGGUGCGAAUACAAAUGUGGUAAAACAGAUUCUCAACAAGAUCGUUGAUGUUCGAAAUAGUUUGAACACAUUUUUGAGCACAUUCUCUGAGAUGGACAAAUCACUCAAGGCUUUCAAAGCUUUCAAGGAUAGGAUGAAUAUGUUAAAUUAUGCAGUCAGCAAGCUGCGUAACAUUAAACUACAGAAACAUGCUGACAUUGAAAUCAGAAAUAUGGAACUGAUUUUAAAUGAAUGGGAGAAGGAUUGCAAAUUUGCACACACUUCGAAAAGUCUUAUGAACUGA